UUGGUACGAUGUCUCAUACCCUCAACGAAUCAUGGCAAGCCCCGUCCAUAGAACGAAUCAUCAAUGCGUCCGUUUUUUUCUGCUGGCCAAGCGUUCCCAACGAUGUUUCGUCGAUACUGAUAGUUACUUCGGUUUCCUUUUAUAGUGUCCACAAAUUUCUUCGUUCCUUGCUAUUUAAAAGUUGCGUGAUUCAGUUUGACAUCGUGACUGAACAUUUCUGCGUUGAGGCGUGUUUGUGUAGUAACAAGUCUGAGAAGAGAAACAUCGUGAUAAGCGUAUACGGAAGAGAACACCGGAGAUCCACUAUGGGAAAUGAGAAACAGGAGAAACGGCAAAGGGAGACCGGGAUGUGGUAUGAUGAAGCACGGUCCGAGGGUAGCUACACGUCAAGCUCUGAAUCUUCAAUGCAGAGUGCAGAGAAGAAGAGAAAAAGUACACUUCAAACAAUGCGAAGCAAGCAGCUUAACUGUAAACGCUUGAGAACAUCUUCAAGGCUGAUCGCUGAGGAAUUGUUAUCGCCUUUGCGACUUAAUGUAUACCAUCGCUGUAGUUCAUUCAGGAUAUGUAAAUAAAUACAGAACAGGUAUAUAUGUUAUCAUUCUACGGUAAACUAUAAACAAAAGCGGAACGAGGAGGAAAGAGGAAGAAACAGAAAAGAUAUGAAAAUUGAUUGAGAUAAAUUGUACUAACGGAACCUUUUUGGUUCUUUCACGUAAAAGCAUCGUUCACUUCAUAAGGCAGUCGUAUGUUCAUCUCCUGUGUCGUGGUUUUGUAUGUUGCCUUGGCUGCAAAACGAAAAUAUGUAUACAUGUAUGCGUAUAUGCGUAUGUACAGGGUGAUCCCUGCAACUAGA